AUUAUUAGUUAGCCAGAAACAAAAAGAGCUGUGUGUCAAAAAUAUGCUGUUGAUAAGACGUGGAAACGCUAUGGCUUCAACUGUCGCUUUGAGACAUCGUUCUACAUUUGAACAAGCCAAAUCUCAUCCUCGAGAUGUCGCUGUUUUAUCUCCGGAAGUAAAGACCCCGAUCCCGGGCCCCAAGUCAAAAGAGCUCAUGGGACACGUGCAAAACUUUCAGAACACAAAGGCUCUGUCGUUCUUCUGCGACUUCGAGCGAAGCAAAGCGAACUACCUCGUCGACGCUGAUGAAAACAUUAUCUUAGAUUGCUUUCAACAAAUUUCAUCUAUGCCGUUAGGUUACAAUAACACAGAGUUGAUCGCUGUUGGCAAACAGGAUAACCUGCAAAACCUUCUAAUCAACCGGCCCGCUAUGGUUACGUUUGCCGACAUGAAUUUCCCUCGCUUGGUGCACGAUUCCCUACUGCGGGUGGCACCAGAGGGGUUGAGUAAUGUUAUUACCAUGGGUUGUGGGAGUUGCGCAAAUGAAAACGCAUACAAAGCAGCGUUCUUAUGGUAUAUGCGGGAUAGGCGAGGAUACGAACUCCCACCUGCAGAAGAUGACGAAGCUUAUUCAUCGUGUGUGAUGAACCAGGUACCAGGAUCACCUAAGUUAUCCAUGUUAUCGUUUGAGGGCGGUCUGCACGGGAGAACUUUGGCGGCUUUAAGCACAACCCAUACAAGGCCACUGUUAAAGUUGGAUAUGCCAGCUUUUGAUUGGCCGAUUGCUCCUUUUCCAAAGCUUAAAUAUCCGCUAGAGGAGCACGAGAGCGAAAACGCCAAAGAGGAGGCUCGUUGCUUGGCUGUGGUCGAGGAUUUGAUCACUGAGUGGAGCAAGAGAGCACCAGUAGCGGGGAUCGUGGUUGAACCGAUUCAAGCAGAAGGCGGCGACAACCACGCAUCUGACGAUUUCUUUCGAAAACUUCGAAAAAUCGCGCUCAAGCACAGUGUAGCGUUCGUAGUGGACGAGGUGCAGACAGGAGUGGCAAUAACGGGAAAGUGGUGGGCUCAUGAACACUGGGGGUUAGAGACACCUCCAGAUAUUGUGACCUUUGCAAAGAAAAUGUUCAUCGGCGGUUACUACUUCAAUGACAAAGUGAACUGGAAAACGCCGUCUCGCAUCGGCAACACAUGGAUGGGCGACCCAGCAAAGCUUCAUCUGCUUAAGAAGACAAUUGAGAUUGUGAAGGAGCAACGUUUAAAGGACAACGCUCAACACACGGGGAACUAUUUGACCGAAAGUCUCAAGAGCCUGGAAAACAUCCACUCAACGGCGCUAGAGGGUAGCCGGGGACGAGGAUUGUUUUGUGCGGUUGACGUCAACGGAUCCAGAGAUAAAGUCGUUAAAGAAAUGCUCCAGAGAGGUGUUCUGGUCGGUGCAAGCGGGCCAAACUCGAUCAGAUUCCGACCCUCGCUUAUUUUCACACCUACCCAUGUCGACAUCGCUAUGGAUAGAUUAGACCAAGUGCUAACCAGUGUGAAAAUAUAACCGAUUUAUUUUGGUAUCAUAUCACAAAAACUGAUUGACAAAAACUACUGAUUGGAGCGGUGUUUAUGGAAGACAUGAUUGCACCAACUUGUUUUGCAUAAAUUCGUGUAAUAUAUAGUGCAUUGUGUAUUGUUUAAUUAAUCAUCUUUACAACUCUUC